UGGAGUGUGUGGAUAAACAGUUGUGUACUUGCAUGAGGUGCAGUACUAUUGCCAUGAUCAGUUUCUAAGCUGCUGCUCUGAAAAAAAAGCCAACGUGCUUAGAUAAUCUGUACUAUAAAAGCCCUCAGGGCUUUACCAUUAGGAUUUCUGUCUUUCACAAAUGUGCUUUCACAUCUGUGUCAACAAGCAUUGAGGCUGCUUCAGCAGUGGCCUCUGCUUUCAGUUCAGGAAGAACACUGCAGAGUUUUAUCUGGACUUAAAAACACAGAGUCUCGAGUUCUGACAAUAAGAGACUUUUGACAAAAUAGCAAAUUCUCAUAUUUGCAGUUUAGUUCUAGUGCUUAGUAGUGUAUUGCAGAGCUGCCUCUGCUGCAGGCAUCUUUCUGGAGUCCAUGUACUUUUUGUUUCCUUUUGCUUGUGGGAUGUUGUGCUAUCCAAUGUGAACUGUAGUAUGGAAAUUCAUGUCUUCUUCAAAGGAUUUUCACAAAGUCCUGUUGGGUUUUUGAUGUGUGCUAAUCCUGUCCUGACUGCUGAUAAAGAUGAAGUAUUUUGUUAGAUAAAAAUUGAACACGUUGAAAAUGAAAUAGGCUUGUCUUUGGUGUUUUGGGGUUUUUUAGAGUUCAAUUUUUCUGCUUUACCAAAUUUCAUUUCUUUACCAUAGAAAAGGUAUGGAAACUUUGUUUGCUGGCUGAUCUUGCCUAGUCUGCCAGGGCUAACACUUAAACACAUUUUGGUAUUUCAUCAGUGUCUUUAAUUGGAAGCCUUCCAAAAUUUGCAAUUUUUAUAAGGCAAGACUGGAAUGUAGCUUCAGCCUGUUCUUUUUAUAGCUUUUUUUUGACUGCUCCACUGAUUUAUUUAUGUAAUGUGUUGUAAGAUCUACUUUUGUCAGGUCCUAGAAGGAGACAGGAUGUUAUUUUCUUUGAAACAUUCAGCUUGGUGUCUGGUAAUUGUUGGAAAUUGUCUGGCUGCCAUAGCUGGGGAAUACUGGAGUGGUGAACUCUGAGGACUUGAACUGUGAAACAAAUGAAAAUAGAAACUUGGUUUGGAGCACCUGAUGGAUGAGUUCAUGCUGGGCAGUGGUGUUGUGGCACCAGUGCCAUUUACAGGAAGAAAGGGCAGAGCUGGUGUAGCAGAGAAGCAUGUUGAUGCAUUAUUUCCAACUGCACUUCAGCUCUCAGUAAUGAACAGGUUAAUAUCCAAACCAGCUGUGGUCCAGCUCCAUCCUUAAACAAGAUCAUUAAAAAGACACACUUGCAUUUGUUAUCUUCAGACAUUUUUUUACAUUUUGGCUGGUUUAGAUGCUGAUUCCUGACAGUGUAACAAAGUCCAGCUCUCUCAGGUGUUACUGGUCUAAUAUUUCAACAGAACCUCUUAGCUAAAAUAUUUUGACAGGAAUUUUAUCCCAAACAAGUUUCACUUUGUAGUGAAUCCUUUUUUAGAGCAGCACUGAGUUUAACUUUUCUACCUAAGUCUAAUCUGAGGAAAAAUUAUUGAAAAAUAAUCCAAGCUCUUUAUGUCUGGAAGUAAGGAACCUGCUGUGCAAAGUGACCUUAAUGUAAUGCAUUUUAAAAAUUAAGGCAAAUCAAGGUAUCCAAAGGAGAGGGAACAUUACAGCUUUUAGACUCAUCUUCUGCCAAAAUUGGUUACUUUGAGACCAGUCAGGUACACCCUGAGAGCAAGGAAUUUUCAAGUUCCUUCUUGUGUCAUAUUUUAUUCAGUUGAUAAUUAUUCAUCCUGUCACCUACCCACUGAAAUGGAGAAUGUGGAGCUUUUCAGUUUUGUGUAGUGGUCAGCUUUAUUUAGUCAGUAUAAAGAUGCAUGCAGAGCCAAACACUGCAUCUCAGAUGGAGGCAUUUUGGGGCAUACAGAGUAAACAUUCCCUGUUCAUAGCUAAUAAAUUCUUGUAUUCAUGUUUGUUAGAUUCUGCUGCAUAGCAAAAAGUCUUGGAAUACCUAGGAGUUUUUUGUUUUAUACCACAGGAAGUUUAUCAUGUCAAAGGUACUGAAAUUGUCUCCCUGGGUUGGUUGCAGCUGCUUCUGUUGAUAAUUGUAGCAGUGAGAGAACCAAAAGAUCCCCUUUUAAGUUGCUGACGUGCUGUUUGUGUUUUGGCAGCUCUGUCAUGAUACUGGAUUAACCUAGUUUGCUGCUUCCAUUAAAGAAAGCUUAUGUGGAAAUUUAGAAAGCAGAGUAAAGCUUUUCCUUAGAUGUGUCUGUAGCCUGGAUAGCAUGAAAGGCAUCCUUGUGCUGGAGAGGAGAGGACAGGCAGAAAUUAUCACUUGAGAGUUACUCUUUGUCCAUUUUCUUCUCCCCACUCAUUCCAUCAUUCCUGAAGAGCAGAUGGGAAGUUUUCUGUUUGGUUUGUGCCUCAGGAUUUGUCUGAGCUGUGCUCAGCCUUCCUGGGACAGGAGCUGAAGCAGUGGGCAGAUGAGCUGGUUUGGGCUGUUGGUACAGCUUGGAUAAUGGUCUGCUGGGUUACCUGAUUCUUAUUACACCAGCAAAAAAGAAGAAAUAAAUCAGUAGAAAGGAAGUCUGGCUGGUUCUGCUUUUCUCCCCUCUAUUCUCUAAUUUUAGCCAAGUUCUGUUCUGACUGCUGCCUCCUGACUUGGGAACAUGAGGAGCUUUUAGUGAGGGAACUCUGUCUCGGGUUUGUUUCCUUUGUUGAAAGGGAAAAGAAAAUUGCUGGCAGGCAGGUGACUAGGAAGAUGCUGUUAGUUUGUAGUGAUGCUGGGAAGAAUUAUCCAUUGCAGUGUUUGGUAAGGUGUUAGAUGAGAGUUGUGGCAGAUGAGAAGCUUGUUUUGAGCUCCUUUUUGGGACAGACAGGAAAAGGAAAUUCUGUUCUUUCAUGGGUACAGCUGAGAAUGCAAUUCCACAAGUAUUGCAUGCUUCAUUCUUCUUUUCUUAAUGAUUUCUGUGAGAUGGUUGCUUUAUUAAAACUUUCACAUAUCUUUGUAGUUGAUUGUCAGGGUUCCUUGUAUGAUCAGAAGGCUAAAAAAGCAUGUUGUUUGUUUCCCUUCAGUGCAAUAGAGAAUUCCCGUGCUGAUAUCCCUGUAGUCAGCUCUAGUGAAGCUGAGCAGUCAGAACCUGACUGUGAUAUUGGUGGGACACUUGAGGCUGACCCUCAGAGUGAGCCUUCCUCUUUUGUCAGUCCACCAGAGAGCCUUGCAGGCCAACACAUAGAGAACAUAUCAUCUUCACAUGGCAAGGGAAAGAAGACAAAAUCUGAGUUUGAGUCCAAAGUUUCAGCAGCUGAAAAGGGGGCAGAUGAGCAAAAAUCUGCUCUUAAUGCUUCAGAGAACUUAAAAAGGGAGAAAGACUUUAAAAAGACAGGAGAAAUUGACCCUACAUCAGUAAUAACUCCAAAGGACCCUGGAGACAUUCCAACAUUUGAUGAAUGGAAGAAGAAAGUCAUGGAAGUGGAGAAAGAAAAGAGUCAGUCAAUGCACCCUUCUGCUGUUGGUGGGCAGCAUUCCACGAAAAAGGUCCAGAAAAACAGGAAUAACUAUGCCUCUGUAGAGUGUGGUGCCAAAAUUUUGGCAGCGAAUCCAGAGGCAAAGAGCACUUCAGCUAUUUUGAUGGAAAACAUGGAUCUUUAUAUGCUCAAUCCUUGCAGCACUAAAAUCUGGUUUGUUGUUGAGCUCUGUGAACCAGUGCAAGUAAAGCAGUUUGACAUUGCAAAUCAUGAAUUAUUCUCUUCCACUCCUAAAGACUUUCUGGUGUCAAUUAGUGACAGGUAUCCAACAAACAAAUGGAUUAAAUUAGGUACUUUCCAUGCCAGAGAUGAGAGGAAUGUCCAGAGCUUUCCUCUGGAUGAACAGAUGUAUGCAAAAUAUGUUAAGGUGGAGUUGAUAUCACACUUUGGAUCAGAGCAUUUUUGUCCUUUAAGUCUUAUAAGAGUAUUUGGUACUAGCAUGGUUGAAGAAUAUGAAGAAAUAGCUGAUUCUCAGUAUCAGUCUGAACGACAGGAACUGUUUGAUGAAGAUUAUGAUUAUCUAUUGGAUUAUAACACAGGGGAAGAAAAAUCUUCAAAAAAUCUUCUUGGUUCUGCUACAAAUGCUAUCCUGAGUAUGGUGAACAUUGCUGCUAAUAUGCUUGGAGCCAAAACUGAGGAGGCAUCUGAAACUGAAGCUGGGAACAAAAGCGUGUCUGAAAAUGUCACUGCCACCCCUGCAACUUCAACAGCUGCACCAAGACUGCCUGAACCAACACCUGUUCCUUCACCAGAACUUGUUACUACAGAUAUUCCACAGAUAGAGCAAUUAACGGUGGAUUUGACUAAAGAAAGCCCAAUUGUUCAGCUAAUGCAAGAGUAUGAGGAGGAUACAAGCCAGUCCACAGUAACUCUGCUGCUCAGUGAUGAGCAGGAGGAGGAAGCAGCAGCGUGGUUUGAAGUGGAGACAGAGCAGUACUGCUGUGACAUGGCAGCAGUGUGCUGCAUUUCCACCUUCUCGGAAUACCUGUUCAGGUGGUGCUCGGUGGCAGCAGCCAUGCAUCGGCAGCACAGCAAAACUGGGGGUGAGGAGAGGCCACCUUACCCUGUGGAUGUGCAGCAGCCAGAGCCAGCUCUGCCUGAAUCUGCCCUGACAGCAGCAGAGGAGCCUCUGCCUGAGCAGUUGGACAGCAAAGCUGAGAAACCCCCUGGGACUGUUGUUGCAGUUGACUUCAGUGCAGCCCACGAGGAGAUCAGUAAUGAGACCACAGAGUCCAUUGAGCUGGAGCCAAGCCAUCCUCAGACUGUCUCUCCAUCCCUCCUCCUAGAAGUGACUUCUGAAGUGAAGCCAUCCCCCACAGCAGACAUGGUGCUGGAGCCUCCAAAGGAAGACUCAGGCCAGGUGGCACCAAGGGCCACUCCCCAGGUGGAUGUGCCAGAGCUCAGCACUGAAAUGGAAAAGGCCGAGAGCUCAGUUGUAGAAGAAAGCCCCGAGACCAGUGUGGCCACUGAGGUAAAGGAGAUGAGCACAAGAGAGACUGUUGCUACUCCAGUGAUGGCAAAGCCUACAGAGACUGUUGUGCAGCCUGAAAGCACGGUGGACGUGGCAGCCAGCGAUGCUGCGGAGGGAAAGGAGAGCACUCCAGAAGUGCAGAAACCUGCGGUGCCUCCUGUGGAGCCUCCUGUGCCUGCAGACACAAAGGAGGAGGAGCAGGCAGCAGAGGAAGCUUUGCUGGCCAUUCCUGUCUCGGGGGGGCCACAGAGAACAGCCACAGAUUUCUAUGCUGAGCUGCAGAACUCCACAGAGCUGGGCUAUGCCAACGGGAACCUCGUGCAUGGAUCCAAUCAGAAGGAAUCUGUCUUCAUGCGCCUCAACAACCGCAUCAAGGCCCUGGAAGUGAACAUGUCCCUCAGCAGCCGCUACCUGGAGGAGCUCAGCCAGAGGUACCGAAAACAAAUGGAAGAAAUGCAGAAGGCUUUCAAUAAAACAAUAAUAAAACUUCAGAACACCUCAAGAAUAGCAGAAGAGCAGGAUCAGCGUCAGACAGAGGCAAUCCAGCUGCUCCAAGCACAGCUCACCAACAUGACCCAGCUGGCCUCCAAUCUGUCAGCAACCGUGGCAGAGCUGAAACGUGAGGUUUCUGACCGCCAGACUUACCUGGUGAUCUCUCUGGUUCUCUGCCUCAUUCUGGGCUUGGUGCUUUUUGUGCAGCGGUGCAGGAGCCCUUCUCAGUUCUGUGAAGAUUACCUCUCAAAAAUUCCCAAAAGCAAUCACUACCCUAGCCCCAAAAGGUGUUUCUCUUCAUAUGAUGAUAUGAAUUUGAAAAGAAGAACUUCCCUUCCACUGGUCAGAUCCCAGUCUUUCCAGCUAGCUGGUAAAGAAGUGGAUGCAGAGGAUCUGUACAUUGUGGAGCCCCUGAAGUUUUCCCCAGAGAAGAAGAAAAAGCGUUGCAAGUACAAAAGCGAAAAACCAGAGACUAUUAAGCCGACAACAGAGCCCCUGCACCCGAUAGCCAACGGGGACAUCAAAGGCAGGAAGCCCUUCACGAACCAGAGGGACUUCUCUAACAUUGGGGAGGUUUAUCAUUCUUCCUACAAGGGCCCUCCAUCCGAGGGGAGCUCUGAGACAUCGUCACAGUCAGAUGAAUCCUACUUCUGUGGCAUCUCGGCGUGCACGAGUCUGUGCAACGGGCAGAGCCAAAAGACAAAAACUGAGAAGAGAGCUCUCAAACGGAGACGGUCGAAAGUUUCAGAGCAAGGGAAGCUCAUAAAAACUCUGAUACAGACUAAGUCGGGGUCCAUGCCAAGCCUGCAUGACAUAAUCAAAGGAAACAAAGAUCUAGCAGUGGGAACACUCGGUGUCACGACAGUCUCUGGACACAUCUAAAGCUAGCUGGACUUGUCAAACAGGAGAGUGUUUGUUCGUUUGAGAACAGUCUGUGGUAUUCUGUGGGAGGAUAGUGGGAGACGAAGAGCUCGACUCAUUGGAAAGUAUUCAGAAAUUUGGUUUCUGCCUUUUUAAAUAGAUGGGAUUGUGUCAAUCUUGGCUAUAAGCUGCAGCUUUACAAGGCUGAUAAUUUCCUAUGAGAACAGCUUGGGGGGGGAGGGAGGGCAGGGUUCAUUUUAUAAAGGUUUUUUUUCACAGUUCCUGGGGCAGAGAAUUUUUGAAACCCAGUUUGUUGGGUGGAAUAGGGAUAAAAGCCUAAUCCUCUUCCUUUAGCUUUGUUCCUAUUUCUUGCACCUUCCCAUAUUUAUGUGCCUUUUGUCUAUUUAUAAUGCCACUGGAAGAGGGGAGAUUCAAUUGUUUGUCAUUUGAUUUAUUUUGUAAUUUCUCUAGCUUUUUUUGAAGAUGCAACACUACAGUGCUGUAAAGGGACAUGUGUUGGCCUUCAGCUGGACUCAGUAAUGUGGACUGGAUACUGUAAAAAUACCAAGAGAUGGACUUGCCUAACUAGAUUCUUGUUUUGCAAACUCUGUUGAGGAAAAUCUCUCACCAGGGAUGGCAAUUGUGUUUACUUGCACCUUCAGUCACAAUCGGAGCUUACUCUGAUGUGCAAAAUCAGUGACGGCGGCUCUUCAGGAUUUCCUGUUGGUGAGGAAUCUGAGGCUGAGGAAGGCAUUUGUCACCUGAAUGGCCUGCUGCAGCUCUCUGGAGGAAGUGCAUGAGGAUUGCUCCCUGCUGUUGUGCUGAAGAAUGUGAGGCUGCAUUCUCGGAGUUUGCCAAGCCUGGGAGUCUGAGCCUCGGGGCUGGCUCACAGCUGGUGUUUCCAUAACGUUUGCUUUUGUAUUGGCUAACAAAUGUGCAGUGUUGGUAUGGCUGGUAUUUCAUACUCAAGUGUUUUUUAUUUUGACUGUGACUGUGUAUUUGGAUACUAUAGGAUGUGUGGUUGCUGAGCUGUUGAGUGUGGUUCUGAGUGAGUGGAACAAAAGGUUAUUCCUUUUGGACAGGUGUUACAGGUUCACGUUGUACAAAAUAAGUUAACUUAUUGAGCACUUUUAGUGGUACCCUUUUUAACAGAUCUAAUGCCUCUCCUGGGUAUUGUAUGUAAUGUGACUUAUUUAAAGCCUUUGUUUUUUGCUGCUUUCUUGUUAGUUUAUGAGUACUUUAAAGUGAUGUACUUUCAGAGUUGAUCUGCACAAUUAGCCAGUCAGAGCAUAUGAACCAGACGUGUUGAACAUGAAUUCAGAAGGAUGUCAAACCUGGAUGAAGAAAAUUCAUACCACCAGAGUGCAGCAUCCAACGUUGUGGAGCAAGAGUAUGUAACUACAGAGCUGUAGUGCCAUUAGAAACUGUGAAUUUCCAAAUAAAUCUGAACACUUUGUCUUUCA